GUUACAGGAUAGGUCCUUAUUGACUGACAAUCAGGUCUUAAGUCAUGCAAAAGUGUUCCACUAUUUGGGACGUAACAGCAAGGCAUUUGAUGUAGCCUAUAAGAAAAUGUGUAAUGAGCCUGGUGCACUAGAAGGAUGUGCCGAUAAGUCUGAACGUAUUGCUCAAAUAUUUCAGUGCAGUCAAGAUGAAGUUAAAUCAAUUCUAGCAAAGCAUCCAUCAUUAGAAAACAUGUCUAUAGCACUACUAGAGCAAAAGGUAAACUUGUUGUUGUCCUAUAGUUUACCCUUGGCUCUGAUCACAAAAAAUCCAGUGCCAUUGUAUCACACUUCACACCAAGAACUUAGCCGGAGGUUGCAGCUGUUGAAAGCUAAGUCCUUGUUGACUGAGAGUAACUUUGAUUAUUUGGGAUGUAGCAGCAAACAUUUUGAUGCUGCUUAUGAGAAAAUAUCUGCAGAAAUUGCUGCUUCAGAGGGACGCCCCAGUAAAUGUCAACUUCUCUAGAAGACUGAGCUGGGACAAAAGAAGUGCAGCUUUUUCGCUCGCUUCUCAAUCUCUGCAACUUAAAAUUUUGAGAGUGAACAAUACUUUAGACUUCGCUAACUGGGGCCCAUGUGGAGCCCGUCACAUUUGUGUCA